AAUAAGUGACACACAAAGCGUUUUAAAAUAAUAAAAAACACACGGAAAAUUUUUCGAAAAAAUAUUUACUAAAACUACAGAAUUUUGCUCGUUGUUUUUUGUGAAAUUUUACGAAAUUUGUAAAGAAAGAAAUUUUAAACAUACGCAUUUAUUUUGUAUUGAUUUUUACAGAAAAGCCACAUAUUUUUAUACAAUUUAUACAAUUUUCAUUCCGAAAGUGCUCAAUAAAACAAAAGAAAGAUGCUGCGCAUACCAGGAAUGCCGUUUCUGCCAGGCACCACCUUCCGGGACAUGUCUCGCACUAAUUUCCCCAAGCCGCAGAGCCUUAUGAAUUUCCAGGGCAUCAGUAUGUUAAAUGAUCGGCAACCACCCGCCUUGGUGGACAUUGGCGGCAUGUGCAUUGACAUCAAUUGCCCACCGACGGCCACACCUUCACUGUAUCCGCCAAAGACUGGACCCAGACUGCCGCCAUGGAUUGCUUACGACAAGAAAGUACUUGGUUUUGAUGCAUUCUUCAAGGAGACACUACACGAGGUCUACAAUGCGCCAUAUCAAGUGCGUAAAGUUAAGAUUAUGUAUUACCUGGAAGAUGGUACCAUGCAAAUCACCGAACCGAAAGUGGACAACUCUGGCAUACCACAAGGUUGUCUGGUGCAUCGUCAACGUAUACCGAAACCACCGCCGUGCCAAAAUGAAUUCAUCUCGAUAUUGGACCUCAACGUCGAUACGAGCAUACAAGUAUUCGAUCGCAUUUAUCACAUUACAAAUUGUGACCUUUUUACGCGACAUUUCCUAAAUCGCUCGGGCAUAGCCGUGCCAGAUCCGGUCGAUAUGCCAGUUGAUCCCACAACAGAAAUGCGCAAGAGAUCUGCGCGGAAAAUACACAAUCAACCACCAAAAAAGCAUUCCUUCGCACAAUUUUUAGCGUUCGAUCGGAAAGUGUUGAAAUUCCAUGGCUAUUGGGAUGACCGUUCGGAGUUUGGUGAUGUGCGUCGUUUAGAGAUAUGUUACUAUUUGGCUGACGACACAAUAGAUAUAAAGGAAAAUUUCCCACGAAACUCAGGACGUGAAGGUCCAUCGCUAUUCCUUAAACGGGGUAAACUACCAAGGGAAUUCAGUGGACUUCCGCUACCUGGACAAGAAACACCACAAACAUUGUUAAAUGUGCUCGGCACAAGCAUGCGAAACGUACGCUACACCAUUGAUCCACUGAAUAUCGGCGAAAAAGAGGUGCUCUACUAUGCCGAUCGUGAUCUACAAAUCGGUACCGUGCUCAAUGUAUACGGACGUGCUGUUGUGCUCACGGAUUGUGAUGAAUACACACAGGAAUAUUAUAGAAAACGGUAUGGUAUCGAGAACUUUACCGCCGCGCCGAUACCGUCACGUGGCGACGAAUGUGCGCCGAUCAAACAAAAGGAACGCAUACUGCCACCCUACAAUGGCUGGGGUUCAUAUGAGGAUUCUGAGGGUAAUUGCAUCUCAGUCGAGCCCAAGCCACCGCAAACAGACUUUAAGAAAUUCAUCAAACUUGAUCGCUACGUGCUAAGGUUUGGUGCGAAACUUUUAUCGACAAUACGCGAGAACUGCGAACGCAUUUUUAUCAUCUCUUACUACCUUUCCGAUGACACCAUACAAAUUUUCGAGAUUGCGGAACGCAAUUCCGGUUUCUUGGGUGGCGAAUUUAUGAAACGUACGCGCAUACCACUGCCGGGUCAAGAGAAAUUCACCUCGAAACGCCCACAAUACUAUCAGCCGUACAAUUUUUAUAUUGGCGCCACCAUGAGUCUUAAGGAUCACAUCUUUCACAUUGUUUCCGCCGAUGAGUAUACACUUAUUUACAUGGAGCAUCAUCCAUAUGAGUAUCCAAUGGCCGACAUCAAGAUAAUUAUGCAGAAAGUACGCGAGGCGGCGAAGACUGAUUACAAGGGCUUCCUCUGCCGUUGCCUACCCGAGGGCGCGGAUGCCGUCAAAGAUGUGCAAUUCAUUGGUUUCGAUUCACUGAAGCGUGCACUUAUCAAUCUACUCGGUGACGAUAUCACCAAUCAUGAAAUCAUCACUGUCUGUCGCUACUUCUCGGCCGAGAAGGCGCCACCACAGGCAUGCAAUCGCGAGACGGUGCGCGCUGCCGUGCACUUGGAGUUGAAACGUUCGCUGUGGAAUGCAAUGGACGAGCUCAAGGAACAUUUGCAUCACAUCAAUCCGCUAAACAAGCCUUUCCUCUCCGAGGCAAAACUGCGCUCCACAAUGAAGGGUUGUCGCCUGCCCUUCAUACCGGAACUAAUUGAUGAUCUACUCAGCGUACUCAAUCACAAUGACUGUGGCGAGGUGGAGGUAUGCGAUUUCCUCAACUUUAUCGACAUGGGUUGCGGCAAAGUGCCGGACAUAGCGCCAAUGAAUAUCAAUUUCGAACUAUGCCCCAAGAUACCGUUCCUACAUAAGGGACGUUUGGUGAAUAUCAGCUGUUUCCUGCAAUACAUGGGCUUAGAUGAGGAGGCAAAACCGAAAGAAGAGCUGGCGAGUUAAUCGAGGAGCAGGAUAGAACUUACUUAGCAAGACGUGCACUGUAAUAUUAAUAAGACUCAAAUUUUCUGUCAAUACAUUUUUAUUUUAAACUGUCUCACACUUACACCACCACAAAAAAUAAAUCAAAUAAACGCUUCUCGUUACAAAUAAAUCCUUUUGAACAUAACUUCAACGAAAAUACUAUAUAAAAGCUUCUUUAAAAAUAUCGUAUCACUGCUUAUUGUGUGCGCAUACAUAUAGACACGAAUAUUGCGCAGAAUAUUCAAGUAAAUUAAAUUAAAUAAAAUUGCUGUUUCAAAGCGUUUAUAUAAAGUUUAAUAAGCAUAUAAAUAUGUAUGUAUAUAAAUUCAUAAAUUCUGCCAAAAACAGUUUUUCAAAAAUUUCAUGUGAUUUUCACUUAAAGCCAUAGCGUACAUAAAAAGACAAAUUCAUAU